GGCGACAAGUAAAUUGUGAGGAAUGUUCAAAAGAGAACGUAAUUAGUAAACCCAGUCCCAUCAUCUGCUCAUAUUAUCGCAGGGACAGGGAAUCGUGUGGUAGAGUGUUUUCGUUGCGGAUCGCUCGCAACUGAUCAUCGCCUGCCGGUCAUAAUUGGUUCUUGGCUUUCGGAAGGAUUCGGAUAGGAAAAUGGCCUCACUCAAAGACUGGGACGUGCUGCGGCUCUCGACGCUGAUUACGAACAUCAACGCGAAACUUUCGGCCAGCGUCACGGCGGAUCAGGAAUAUCGGUUAUUGUGUUUGGUGCGCCAGAACGAUCAAAUUCUGUUCCGCUACACCGACCGGCACGGCGAGGUGCACCUGAUGCUCCUCUGCUGGUUCGCCGAGAACCGCAAAACCGUGCAAGAUGUAUGCUUCGACUCGACCGGAUGCUGGCUGCUUGUGUUCUGCUAUGAUAAUACGUUGCACAUCGUUCCGGCACUUUCGAUUUGCGACAAAUCGCAGGAACACGUCGACACGACGUUCAAUCGGGAUGAGAUCACCUCGUUCAUUGUGCCGUUCAUUGGUCCACACGAGUGCCCGAACCCGCAAACGUGUCCCAACAAUUCGCACAACAGUCAGCAGCAGCCGGCGGCCACAUCACAUCGCUCUUCGAUCGCAUCCGAGGGCAGUCUAAAGAGUGCCUGCACUAUGGCAGUGGGCAGUGGUGGCGGUGGGACGGCCAGCGCGGCUGGCACACCUUCGUCGGAACCGAAUCUCAUCUUCGACGCACCGACCAUGAAGAAGUCUAGCUCGAGCUACACAACGCACAAGAUCGAUGAGAUUUUCUCGCUGAACAGCAUAUACCGGAAACUGUUUCUCGAGCAGAUGGAUAAGGCACGCGAAGAACAGAACGCAAACCGGAGCAUCUCCGCCACGGCGGGAACCGAUACACCGAUUGCGAUGAAAACCAUCGAAGAUUUUUUCGCUGAUGCCUCGCAACUGAGAGAAACGGAUGUUUCUAAAGCAUCGACACCGCUCGAGACAUACACGAUCAGUUCCAGUCUCGAGUCGACCGGUGGUGUGUCGGUCUCCUGUCCGUACCCAACCUGCUGUAGCUGGUGGCGCACACUUGCCAAUGAACCGCGGGCCAUUCUGGGCUACUCGGAUGGUUCGAUUUGUGUCGUAGCACUCACCCCAAACUGUCCGUUUCUCGGUAACACCAACUGUGAACGGGGCUCGAUCGAGAAGUUAAUCAUCUGCCAGGACUACAGCAUGGAGACGAUCAGUCUGAUGAUCAACACGUCGACCAAAGAGCAGUGGAAGCUGCUGCUGGAGCAGAAAUCAAUCAAGUACACGUUCCCCGGUGACAUCACGCCCACUUCCGGGCCCGAGUUUCGCUCGGAGCUGCUGAAAUCUCUUUCCGAGGGUGGUACGAGUGAAUCGGGAUCCGGAGUACCGAUCGAAGAUUGGCAGAUUGUUCUUUCGCUGCCAAAGGAUGGAGAAGCGGUGCCUGAUGCUGGCCGAACUAGUACGCAGCAGCACCAGCAGCAGCAGCAGCAGCAGCAGCAGCAGCAAGCAGGGCGAGCGAAAGGAACAGGAACUAACAACGAAGCCGAGAGCAGCGGAUCCAGUCCAAACAGUUCCGAGCCGCCUUCGGGGGAUGACUUUGAGAAGGUAGACAACGAAUCGAUUCCCGAGGGCAGCGAAAAGUCAAACGACAAUGGGGGAUCGGCAGGCAGCGGCACGCUACCAAAGUUACUGCCCGCGGCCAAAGCUCGGUUACAGUCCUUGCGAGAUCUGGGAGUCAAAAAGAUCGGCACGCUGAAGCUGAAACUCUCCGAGAGUCGGAUCAAGGCGAAGGAGCGGGAGAAAUUCAAAGAACAGGCCGCCAAUCUGGCAGUGAUGGAGCUUCCCGGGAUGUACCCGGAAAUAUUGACCACACCGGCCGGCCCUUACUUCGUGGUGCAGUAUCUCGAGGGCAAGUACUUGCUGAGUGCGCUGCAUUCGUACUCCGAUACGCUCUCGGUGCACAGCAUGGACAUCAGCUUGAUUCCGCUGCACAUCUACAAGCUUCCGAAGCAGUGCCAGUCGACGGUUUUGACUAAGAAUGUGCUGUACGUGCUACACACUGCGCAGCCGGAAGAGGGUCGCGAGGGUGCGUCUUCCGAGGCAGCCGCUGAAGAAGGAAAGCUAACAGCGGAGGGUGAGCGCGGAGCGGUGGAUUCGUUGGAAGAUUGCCACAGCAAUGGAAGCGGAAGUAGCAGCAGCAGCAGUAGCAACAGUAGUACCUCGAGCGUUGCGCCUGUUCCGAAUGCGGUCAGUGUCGUGAGCUGUAAGAUUGCAUCAAUGAAGAUGGGCGAUGACUGUGAUUUCAACGAACAUGCCCUGCUCGGGUUGUUCCACUUUCCCGAUGAACGAAUUCUCGAGAUACACCGAUUGAGUGGCGCUGGUGAGCAAGGCAAAAAUAACAAAGAUCCGGAUGAUGGUGUCGAUGGUACUGCGGAGGAACAGCAGAAACAGCAGCAGCCACCGCAGGGCGAAGAACAGCGAACGUUCCUGCAGAAGUCACCCGUUUCGAACUAUCUGCGUAUCCAGAAGGGAUUACGGAUGGAGCGAAAGUUGGACAUUGCAGAGUCGCAGGUGAUGGUGGGUGAAUUCCCAUCGAUCGAGUAUGAUCAGGCACUGGUCGUGACGGAUCGGAACCUGUACGCGAUCGAGCUAGCCGACACCGGACGCAAUCUGUUUCUCAGCCUUGCACACCGUUGCAUUUGGGCGGCUUGCGAAGACUUCUGCACCACCUUCGGCCUCCCGUUGGCCACCUGCAUCGAGUAUGCCGGAGAUGUGCUGCUCAGGCGGAAGCGUAUCUCGGAGGCGUUGAUGACGUACAAUGUGGCCCGGUUAUCACCGAUGAAAACGGCUCUCAAGCUAGCAUUGGCCAAGGAGAACAAAGCCCUGAUGAAGCUGUGCGCGAUGGCACUCCGCAAUACGCACAUUAUUGGCAGUCAGUUCCUAAUGCACGACAUAAUGGGAUUGCUGGUCGAUGAGGCGCACCUCGGGAAUGUGGUCUACGAUUCGCUGAUCAAUUUAAAUUGUCGAACAUCUCUGAAACCAAACAAUACGGGCGCUCAUUGUAGUGAUUUCUCGUACGACAACGAUGAUGUGCUGCUCGAUGUGCAGAUUUCGCCGUCAGACCAGUUCCAUCUCUCCAACCUUAUGUUCCUGACGCUGUGCGAGCGAUGCGCCCAAGACAAAAACUACAUCCCGCUGUGGAACUUCAUAGUGACGAAUAGCAAGUACCACACGAGCCUUGCCUGCAUUAUGCUCGCGCAUGGAGCGCUUCACUCGACGGCCGUAUUGCUUGCGAUGACGCGUGGUACUUGUCUCGAUGUGUUUAGCUGUCUCGUCGGCACGUGGGAGCAAACAUCGAAUGACAUGCAGCCGACGGCCGCGGAAACGAACGCGUUUAUGUACAACCUUUCGAACGAGCUGUUCAUGGAGUGCCUGACCUACCUGCAGGACUACACGGUGAACUACUUCGAGUUGAUACGCAAGCACCUGGAGGUGUUUGAUAUCAACGUGCUCGAGCGGCUGAUACGUCAGCUAAACCCGUUCCACCCCAUCUAUCGACCGUUGCUGCAUCGACUAUCGAACCACGAGGCUUCGUCUGCUAAGGAACCGUCCGGAUUACAUUUGCUGUACUUCUGCAAGGCCCUCAUCGAAACGUUUCUGGCCGUAGCGGUCCGCGCGCAAACGCUGAAGAUGAACAACGAUGGAGUGGCCUCGUUCUUAAGCGCCCUGAAACACAUACGUCCGCGCCAUGAAGAGCGAGCGGUCGAGAUGCGGCUUGAACAGUUCUCACCGAUUGCGGCCGGAUUUUUUCAUGCUGCGGCUGUCGUACGGCAUGUUGCUUUCGUUUGGGGCUCGAACGGUGUAAACUGUGCCUUGAGCCGUACGGUACUGCAGGGUGAUGCGAUUGGUGCGAGUGGCCAACCACCGGAAGUGAGCUUUUUGCGACAAAUCGAUCUCGAGGUGCUGGCCGUUCAGUGUGGUCGGCUCCACACUCUUCUCCUAACGAGCAAUGGGCUAUAUGCAAUGGGCUCGAACAAUUUGGGCCAGCUAGGAAUAGGAAAUCACGUCAUCAACGCACUGCAACCGAUGCUCGUGAAGAGUCUCGACGGUAAAAGCAUCACUCACUUCGCUGCCGGCCAGUAUCAUAAUGCCGUUGUAGCGAACGGUUUGCUGUACACUUGGGGAUGGGGUGUUUUUGGCCAAUUAGGCCACGGGACGGUAGAUGACUGUAACAGGCCAAAGGUUUUGGAGUUUUUCCGCAAUAAGACAAUCGUUCAACUCGCCCUGGGCCAUGCCCAUACGCUAGUCCUGUGCAGGGAGCACCGUGGCGAAUCUCGCCGUGUUCUGUACGUGUUCGGUUCGAAUCACUAUGGUCAACUGGGGUUGGGCCAAGAAGACCAUUUUGGAACGACCGUAGACACGCGAAACGGCAAAUCUUUCUUGGUUUCUCUGGUUCCUCGGAAGCUGGAGCUGGACGAUGAGAUUACGCUCAUCAACACAAAGUUAUUCGUCAAUCUCGCUCGAACAACGUCCAACAAGCUGUACAUCUGGGGAUCUUCACCACAAGCAUUGCGCUUGGCUACGCAAGCCCGCAAACGCGCCAAAUCCAACAAAAGCGGCGGAGGAUUCUCAAAGUUCAGCUCGAUGCUCCGUUCAUCAACGCCAUCUCCAACUGCUGCUCCACAGACGGAUACUAAUUCUACUCAACCGGCUGAUUCCGAUGCAUCCGGAGGCCAAGAAUCCGCGUCCGUCGAUAACACAGAAAGUAAAUCUGAUAGCACUGCCACACCGGAGGGUUCAAAAGGGGAGCCCAACGAUCAGCGAGGGGUCGACGGAUGCAUGGCUGAACAAUCCACAAUCGAUAUACCGGAGAUAACGGUUACCGAUGAGAGUACACCGUCUAAAGAGACGCCAGAGGUUGAUGAUAAGCCGCCAGGAGGCUCCGGAGAGGACGCGAUGGAACACCUUUUCCCGUCGACGGUCGAUACAUCGCUUGUUGAAGGAAAGAUCGUAAAGAUUUCAAGCGGAUUGUAUCACUUUGCACUCAUAACGGACGAUGGUGCCAUCUAUACCUGGGGUAAGAACAUUGAGCGGCAGCUGGGCAGAGAGGGUGGUCGUAAUGAGGUAUUGAUACCGACUCGGCUCGACUCCAUCGAGGACGUUCAGUACGUUGAAUGUGGUGCUGAUUUUACCAUUGUGAUGACACACGAUCACAUCGUGAAGGCCUGGGGCAACAAUAACAUGGGCCAGUGUGCGAAGGAGAUCAGCCUUGACCGGACCGGUGUUCCCGGGAAGCUGGUGCGCCUACCAAUCUCGAACCGUGUGGUGCGUAUUCCGGACAAAUCCCAAUUCAUCGAAACACCGCACGAAGUAAAGCUGCCGGCGAACAGGGGACUAGGGUACGAUGAAGCGUUGCGCUUCCUCAAAUCGAUGCCCAAGUACCGACGUUCGUUCGUGGUGAAGAGCGGUCUGGAGAAGUUAAUCAGCAAUAAUAUUUCGACAAUAAGCUCCAGCCUCAACGAUGUGAGCCAGGGCGAGGUUGAGGAUUUGGUGGCCGAACUUCCCGAACCAUCCUCUGAUGGGCGAGCGCUGCUGAGGGAUCACUGUGCAACUGGAAGUACUAUGUCUUCGUUGCAGUCCGUAUCAUACGCUACCUCACCGACUUCGCUCGCGCUGGAUGAUGAAGAAGAGGAUGACGAAGACGAGGUGGACGAGGAAGAGGACGAUGGAGUGGAAGAUGUGGAACGAAAGGGCAAAGGACACGAGAGAUCACUCGAUCCUUCGAGCGAUACGACGUCAUCACAUCUCUUCAACGAGCGGCAUCUAUUGAGCAAUGAGUUCAUUCACUAUUGUCUUUACCUGUUCCACGGGUUGUACAGCCAGGAGGCUCUCCUAGAGCUGAUCAAACGCAACAACGAGUACCAUAUUCGGAUCGUGCUGCUGAACUACGACUACGUGGAAGCCUUCCGCGUGAUACUGGACCUCCUCUCCUCGUCAUUAUCUUCCUCUGCCUCAUCUACAUCCAUAGCGCGUCAGACACAGAAUUUGGUGAAAAUUUUCGAAUACUUCACCAAAGACUCGAGCAUCGUUCCGAUGGAGGUUGGCAACAUCAAGUACUUCAUCUAUGAGCUGUUCAUGUUCUUCAUACGACACAAUCUGAGCAUAGACGUGCUGGAGGAGUUUUUCCUGCGCCAUGUCGACUGUUAUCUAGUGCCGUUGGCAUCCGUACUGUACUUCCAUAACACUAACAAUCUGGUGACACCGAGGGGAACAGGGAGCGGCGGUGCCGCUGGUGCCGGCAGUGCGCCGGUCGAUGCCGAAGUGUUGGCAUUGGAGCGCAAGCUACUGGACAAGUUUAACAACAACAACAAUGCCCACACACUGUUCACCGGAGGGAACCUGGAGGGAGAGGAGAAUCUACGGCUACCCGGUUCAUCCGGAGUGGGCCCACGAAAACUGGAGAACACGGACGUUAUCUGCCGCGCGUUGAGUACCACGUUCAAUGUGACGAUUUGCCAGAAACUGUUGGAAUAUUUCGAUCGAUGUAAAUGACUAUUAGCGGUAAGGGUUGGUGACGUUGAGCCGGUCAACAGGCGGGAACGUAUUCGUUGAAACAGUUUAAGGACGUCUUCGUCAGUCAGUUCGAUUACUUUUGCGGACGCCUGCUGCCGAUUUUGAACUAACAAAUUGUCACGUCCUGUCUCGUCUUCGGUGCAAUUUGUCCAUUUCAAUGGACCGAGGCGCCUCGUACAACAAGUCAAAAACAUGUUUGCCAUUUGGUUAGAGGUUAGUUAGAUUUAAAAGAAGUGGAGAUUUUAUUUUGUUGUUUUAUAAUCCUAUUACUUAUCGCGAAUCAUCGCGCGAGAAACCCCGCAUCCCAAGCAGAUCGAACGAAAAAAGACAACAAAACGGGAAGAUGCAAAGAUAAAGGACGUUGCGAACACAAUUUUAAUCGAAUUUACCGCACAAAACGAACGCAAUCAAAAUACAAUCGAUCUUUAUUACUGUAGAAUUAGUUUGUCCUACGACGACGAAGCCGCCAUGUGUCGGAUAUGGGCCGUAUUUAAAUGCCAAUGCCAAAAACACUCACUUUGGAACGAUUUCCUUUUUGUAUCGCACUUUUUGUGACACCGACAAACAUACUAUAGGGUCUCCAAGAGUUUGGAACGACUGUCCCUAGUUCUGUCCAUUGUGUCCUUUUUAAUUAGAUAGUAAUUAUUUGAAACACGCGGCAUGGAUCCAUCAGAUAGCGCCAGGCUUUAAAUCUUAAUUCUUAGUGGAAUCGAAACUCUCCCACCAAACGUACAUUAGAGAGGCAACACGAAUCCUUUUAUGUGAAGUGAUCACUGAUUUCAUGCAAGGCCUUUUACUAAGUACUUCAGUACGUGGGGAUACAUAGCAUGAAAUCACUUGAUGAAGUAGCUUAUGAAUCAAUAUAAACUACUAUCAGUCUUUAACCGAAGGUUCGAAAGAGCUUUUUCAUCAUAGUUCCUUGUGGUUCUAUACUGCUGCAUAACAUAACUGAUUUAGUGAAAAACUAGAACGUAGAUAAGUGGAGUUCUCGCAUUCUGAGUACUGUUCAAUGUGUAGUAACGGUGUGCUUACGUCGGCUUCGUUAACUUUUUCCGUUCCUUUUCUUAUUUCAAACCUACCUAUUCACAUCGGUUGCGAGCUGUCUUUGCAGACUUGAGAAGUGCCGCAUACUUCACUGCUUAGGCGCAGCAUGCUUGAAACAUUAAUCGUGAUAUUUGAUAGCAAUUGUGCGGAAGCAGAAUGCACAUCAUCUUCAAUAAUCUCAUUGCGCAUCGAUGAAGGGUAUGCAAUUUUUUUGUCGUAAGCAGCAGAGAAAUGCCUGUCGUAGAGAGUUAGCAAGACCCAGUGGCAUAUCAACACAUGGAACUCGGGCACAAUAUACGAUUUGCCUCGAAAGUUAUCAAACGCAUCGCAUACGGACGAAAGGAAAAGAGAAGAGAAAUGAGAAGAAGAUUUGUAAUGAUCCUGUUGUAGUUUGUAUGAAGGAAACAAAGUUAAAUCAAGAGGCUUUAAGAGUAUUCCCCACGAGGGUGUGUCAACAGUUGAACGAAGCGAGAAAAUAAUGAUAAAACAAGAGGCAAUACACAGGCACACGUAAUCUAAAAAUGAUGUUCCACUAUUGCUACGAUAGUGCUGCGCUGUGAACGAAGAAGGCAAACGGCAACAAUAAUAGAAAUGUACGUACCCGGGCACUUGCUAUUGAAUGUGAUGCAAAUGUUUGUUGAAAUGAUUGGGGUGGUAACUGUUGGUCACUUGCUUUAUUUAUUUUGAUCGGAAUUGCUUCAGUUUGCGGAGGUUUUCAAAGCGGAUAACCGACGGGGACCGAUUCUAGUCUUGCAUCUCAUAAUAAUAUACAUCUUGCUCCAGGAAGCUUGUUUCAGAUAGGGACUCCAUUUUGGUAAACAGGUGCACAGUGUAGCUCUAGCACGACGCAGCAAAGCGCGAAAGUUAUUAGCAAUAUUGCAUAACCAAUCUAAAUUAACGAUCCGAUGCAAAGACAAAAGAUAUCAGGCUUCAUCGACGCAUCCAGCACAAGCUGUUUCGUUUAAGUAAAAUCGCAUACUGUUACUCAUAAAUAUCAUAAUGUAGCGAGCAAAUAUAAGUGCCCAGCGAUGGUGCAUAUUACUAGUCGACGUAUGAAACCGGAAGGGCCCUGCUGCCGUGGUCCACCUCAUGUGAGCGAAACGAUAUUAGAAGAAGCGGUGCCCGAGUGCAUGAUUACGGUUGAUAGUGAUAAAGGAAGAUAAAGCGACUGGAUGCAUAGAGUUUUUCAAUGCUAAUAACUUGUUGGGUAGGAAGUCGUAGGCAAAUACCAGUUGGAAACGUGAUUGAGAAUGUAUUGACCAAAAUAUUGAGCAUGUGAAUGUGUGAGCAUUGUUAGCUUUGCCUUGCGUCAAUCACGUGCGCUAGAUGCCGAUACUUAUCGCACUGAAUCCGGAGCUUCUUUCCCACGGGUGGGGCAGUGAUUUGAUCAAUAAAGGAUACGUUUGCUCUAGAUGCAGCUUUACUAUGAUUAACAAAACUGCUGCUGCUCAGCUUUCA